UACAGAUGAAAAUGUGGAAACGUGAAGCCGGCAGGACGAGCCUGGUCUGCAACGGACCAGAAGUUUGCCCAGCCUGCUUCUGGUCUCUUGGGCAGGCAGAUGCCGAGAGAAACGCGGCCACUGGAGGGAAAGCCCGCCCUGGAGAUGAAGGCUGUGGCCCCCUCUGCUGCUCACGCCGCGGGGCCUGCUUCACCGUCAGCCUGCUGCUUCUGCUGGCCAUGCUUGCCGGCUUGCUCGCUGUGGCCACCGUCCUCGGACAUCCACCCCGCACGCCAGAGACUCACUCCUGUGUGACACUGGCCAACAGGACGGGGUUCUUGUGCCAUGACCGAAGGCACUGUGUCCCAGCCCAUGCUGUGUGCGAUGGCAUCCGCACCUGUCCUCAUGGUGAAGAUGAGGCGGAGAGCUUGUGCCGAGAUGUGCCCCAGAGCCUCCCCGGUUUCCUCCUGACCACCUGCGGAGACCCAGCCUCCUGGAUCUACUCAGACCAGAAAUGUGAUGGCACCAACAACUGUGGAGACUGCUCAGAUGAGCUGAGCCCAGUGACUGCGUGCCCGCCCUGUGGCCCUGGGUGGUGGCGCUGCACGCCAACUGUGUUCACAUACUGCAGCUGUGUCCCGAGGGCUCUGUGCCGGGACGGAGUGCAGCACUGCUCUGACUGGUCAGAUGAAUACUCCUGUCCCGGACCCUGAGUGAGCCUGGCUCCGCAGCAUGGAAGGUGACACGGGAUCCUUUCUCCAGAACAUCAAACCCUCGACGGCAAGGACAGGAAGAAACCUUUGCCAUCCACCAGUGGCCCCCGGCCCCCAUUGUCUCUGAACAGGAACUGUCUUUCCUCCUUUCAAGUGUCGGCCUUCACUUGAGCUCCAAUGACAAGGAGCUCACCACCAUGCUAGGCAGAUUCUAACAAGAUGAGGUGUCUGCCUCCGUCACUUUAGACCUGUAUGGGACCACAUAGAAGAAACAUGUUCCUUGACUCUAGAGCAGGCCUGAUGUUCCAAUCUUGUCAUCCCUUAAAGAGACAUAAAUUUGUGGCUUAAAUGCCAAGUGAGUUUAGCCCCAUGUGCAGAAAACAAAGCACACACACUUACCAUCAUUCUGCCUGAGGCAGAAACUGCUGAGCUCAAGGCCGCUGCGGCUCAGCUGCCUGUAGGUUUAUAUUUCGGUCCUGAAGCCAGAACAAGCCAUCUCCCUGAAUACUCUCUAGCUUUAAAACAGGCAAGGAUGGGGGGCUCAUUAGACAGAUGAGGAAACAGAGGCCCAGAGGAUGACUUGCCCGGGGUGGACUCUGGAACUGGGACUCAAAGUCAGUCUGUGGAACUCUGACCUCAGGGUUUCCCCACUAUUAAAGAAUAGAGCUGGGCUGGGGAGAUAGUGGUCUAGAGUACCGACUGCUUUUCCGAAGGUCUUGAGUUCAAAUCCCAGCAACCACAUGGUGGCUCACAACCAUCCAUAAUUAGAUCUAGAGUGUCUGA